CAUUAUAGUAUUAUACCAUUAGGCCAGUGGACCUUCUUCUUUCCCCUGGCAUUUCUUUGGAAAAACGUUAUAGCUAUCAAAUUAUAUAUCAUACAUGGUGCCAUUUACAUAUGGUCACAUGAAGCACAAAUUGUCUCACAUCACUUGGUACUUUUAAACAGCUGAACUAACCCCCUCACAUGAAGAUGUUGAAGAAUUUUAUUUCUUCAUCACAGGACAAAAUAUAUAGUUGGUGUUGAUAUACAUCACACUUUCUUUUCCUUCUGUGUCUCACCCAAAUUCCACUUUCAGUUAAUCUACCAAGAAAGAAAGCAAGGGAAAAAAAAAGAGGGCAAAUGGGUUACUCAAGACUCACAUCAUGUGUUUCUUUCUCACCAUGAUUACCUCCUCCAUUGGGUUUUUGAAUUCUCACAAGCUAUCUUAGCUAAGCUUCUUUUUUUGUCCUCAUUUAAUACUGCCCUUUAGGUUCAUUUUCACUUGCCCUUUGUUUAAAUAACAGAGAGGCCAUAAUGGGUAGAAUUAGAAGAAUGGGGAAGCUGAAGUUUGGCAGAGUAUUGGGAAGUUUGUGUCUUUCUUCUUCAGGGUCGUCAGGAUCUUGUCUCUGUUUCAGUAAUAAUCAUCAGUAUGGAUCAGGAGAAGAGCAUGAGUUGGAAAAUAAGCCACUGAUCACAGCUCCUGAGAAGACUGGCCAACUGGUGAAAAUCAGGGAUGUGAUUUCUGCUCCUCCUACUCUGGCUCUCCAAUUGAAGCCUAAGAUGGUGGUGCUAAAAGUCUCCAUGCACUGUAAUGGCUGCGCAAGAAAAGUGGAGAAGCAUAUUAAGAAGAUUGAAGGAGUAACUUCAUACGAAGUAGAUCUGGAAACCAAGAUGGUGGUGGUAAUCGGAGACAUUGUUCCGUUCGAAGUGUUGGAGAGUGUAUCCAAAGUGAAAACAGCGGAAUUAUUGACCAGCCCUGCUGCCUGCUAAAGUCCAAAACUCAAAAGAGCAAAGAAAACUAGAAAUACCAAAAAAAAAAAAAAAAAAAAAGCCCUCUUAUUCCCCCUUUCAAAUCCCAUUCCAAGAAGAAUAUAUAGCUAGUAGUAUACUAGUUUCUACAACAUUGCUCCGUAGUGGAGACAAUUGGACAAGACAAGCAUCACGCCAUGUGUCUUUCAAAUUAUCACAUCGAUGAGUGAAUGAAUGAAUAUAUAUGUACAUUUCACUUAUCAAGAUUCCAUACAUGCAUGGUUUUAAAAUUUAGACUACUAAUUUUAUGGUCCAUUUUGGCUAAUUUCGAGCAUGGUCCCUGGUUCUCGCAUCAAGCACCAUAAAGCAAGAAUUGCUAAUCUGUCCAAUUGAUCCGGAUUUGAGCAUGGUACUCAUAGAGUCAUAGUUCUCUUUUGAGAGGUCAAAGGUUCUAAAAUAAGUAGUACUUCUGUCUCCGA